AUGCACCAAAAAUGAGUCAUUUUCAAACAAAAUUUGAUGAUGAAAAAGUUGCCAGAAUAACCUGGGAACUUCAAGACUAUGAUAAUUGCAAAGAUAAAGAAUUGGUAUUCUUCCUGUUCGGGAAACCAACAAUUAUGCAGAUGGCUAAAGGACAAGAAAUCAGGAUUCCUUUUUUAACGCCUGGUGAAGAGUACACAGUAUACGCUUUUCCAAAAGUCGUGGACCCCAAAUUCCGCGUAAUGACAAACGUUGGAUUUAAUAUCACAGUUC